AUGCAUUUAAUUUUGGAAUUUAUUUCUUUCCUAAAAAAACAAGAGAUAUAUAAAAACAUUAAAAAACUGAAGGGUACUGGUGUAGCGAUAGCCAACGAUGCUUCCUACGAAGACCGAACUAAACAAAGAAUAUUAGUACAUCAUUUAAAAGAAGCCAAAAUCCAAAAUCUUUCUGCCCGCAUAAAAGGUUUUUCACUGGAGAUCGAAGACAAACUAUAUACAGUAGAAGAUCUCAAAGAAUUAGAAGAAAGUCUAGUCUCUUCCAGUGACUCAGAGGAAGGAGACAUAGAAACUAAAGUACAUAGCAGAUGUCAACGAGGAUCUACGUCAUCGUCAGUCAAUGCAAUAAUUUCAUCACACUCGGCCGAAAAAAAGGAGCUGUCGAAGAAAGUUAGUCAGAAGUCGAAGAAAUAUAACGCUCACUAUAGCCCAAAGACAAGAAGUUCCAAGCAAAUAAAGAAAUAA